AUGGAGCAAGGCCACACACACGAUUUAACUCAACAAUGGUGCAAAGACAAUUUUCCUGCGUUUAUAGAUAAGGAUCAUUGGCCCCCAAAUAGUCCGGAUUUGAACCCUUUGGACUAUUCCAUUUGGGAUGAAUUUGUUAACGUUAUCAAUUGGGACAAAGUAAAAUCAAAAGCAACCCUAAUUCAAGAACUAAAACGUGCAGUAAAAAACAUUCGAGAAGAAGUUGUAUUUGAAAGUUGUAACAGUUGGACAAAUCGUUUGUCAACAAAUGAUUUCGGUUAUUUACCUUAA